GCGCGGCGGCGGCGUGAGCGAUCUCGGGCGGCAUGAGCGGUUGUGGGUUAUUCCUUCGCCGGGCAGCGGCGGUGCGUUCUUGCCGGGCGCUGGUGGCCUUCGCCCAGAGCCGGCGUCCGCUGCGCACCAGCCCGCCGAGCCGAGCUUUCGCCAAGGAGCUUUUCCUGGGCAAAAUCGAGAAGAAAGAAGUUUUCCCAUUUCCAGAAAUUAGCCAAGAUGAACUUAAUGAAAUCAAUCAGUUUGUGGGACCCGUAGAAAAAUUCUUCACUGAAGAGGUGGACUCUCGAAAAAUUGACCAGGAGGGGAAAAUCCCAGAGGAAACUUUAGAGAAACUGAAGAGCCUGGGGCUUUUCGGGAUGCAAGUCCCAGAAGAAUAUGGUGGCCUGGGCCUCUCCAACACCAUGUAUGCACGUCUGGGGGAAAUCGUCAGCCUGGAUGGGUCGAUCGCUGUGACCCUGGCAGCUCACCAGGCCAUUGGCCUCAAGGGGAUCAUCUUGGUGGGCACCGAGGAGCAGAAGGCCAAAUACCUGCCCAGACUGGCGUCCGGUGAGCACAUCGCCGCCUUCUGCCUGACAGAGCUGAGCAGUGGGAGUGAUGCUGCCUCCAUCCAGGCCAGGGCCACAUUGAGCGAGGACAGGAAGCACUACGUCCUCAACGGCUCCAAGGUCUGGAUCACCAACGGAGGACUGGCUGAUAUUUUUACCGUGUUUGCAAAGACCCAGGUUGCUGAUGCCGACAACUCAGUGAAAGACAAAAUCACAGCGUUCAUAGUCGAGAGGGACUUCGGCGGAAUCACGAACGGGAAGCCCGAGGACAAGUUAGGCAUCCGGGGCUCCAACACUUGUGAAGUCCAUUUUGAAAACACCAGGGUGCCAGUGGAGAAUGUCCUUGGAGAAGUUGGAGGCGGGUUUAAGGUGGCCAUGAACAUCCUCAACAGCGGGCGGUUCAGCAUGGGCUGCGCCGUGGCCGGGAUGCUGAAGAGACUGAUCGAAAUGACUGCUGAAUAUGCCUGCACGCGGAAGCAGUUUAACAAGAGCCUCAGUGAAUUUGGAUUAAUUCAGGAAAAGUUUGCACUGAUGGCUCAGAAGGCCUACGUGAUGGAAAGUAUGGCCUACCUCACUGCGGGGAUGCUAGACCAACCAGGCUUCCCCGACUGCUCCAUCGAGGCUGCCAUGGUGAAGGUGUUCAGCUCGGAGGGCGCCUGGCAGUGUGUGAGCGAGGCGCUGCAAAUCCUCGGGGGCUCAGGCUACAUGAGGGACUUCCCAUAUGAGCGUGUCCUGCGUGACACCCGCAUCCUGCUCAUCUUCGAGGGAACCAAUGAGGUUCUCCGGAUGUACAUUGCCCUGACGGGCCUGCAGCACGCUGGCCGCAUCCUGACCACGCGGGUCAAGGAGCUUAAGCAGGGCAAUGUGAACACCAUCAUUCAGACUGUCAGCCGGAGGCUUCAGGACUCACUGGGCCGAACCGUGGACCUGGGGCUGACAGGGAAGCUCGGAGCUGUGCACCCCAGUGUUGGGGACAGUGCCAACAAGCUUGAGGAGAACGUAUAUUCCUUUGGCCGCACCGUGGAGACUUUGCUGCUCCGAUUUGGCAAGACUAUCGUGGAGGAGCAGCUGGUGCUGAAGCGGGUAGCCAACAUCCUCAUCAACCUGUACGGCAUGACGGCCGUGCUGUCACGGGCCAGCCGCUCCAUCCGGCUGGGACUCCGGAACCACGACCAUGAGGUUCUGUUGGCCAACAUCUUCUGCCUGGAAGCUUAUUACCAGAAUCUCUUCACUCUGUCUCAGCUGGACAAAUAUUCCCCAGAAAAUCUAGAUGAACAGAUUAAGAAAGUGUCCCAGCAGAUCCUAGAGAAGCGAGCCUAUGUCUGUACCCACCCUCUGGACAGGGUGUCCUGAAGCAGAGGGACAGUUCCCUGCUGCCCCCAGCCACGGCCGGUGCCAGAGAACGCUCAGAACUCAGGGUGUUCCCACGCUGAACUCUUUCUUCCCCCUCCGCCCCAGAAGGGCUUUCUCCUGGCCUGAGGGAGCCUCUUCCAGGCUUCAGCCUGCCGGUGCUGCUGGACGGGACGCCAGGCCCUGAACAGAGAUGGAGAGAGUGCAGUCGUGAGACCUUGGGUUUGGGGCUAAUCUGCUAGUUCAGGAGAUAUCACAGUGGAAAUGGGCUUGAGGUGGCAGGGAUACUACUUCCCCUAGGAGCAAAAUACACUUAACCAUGUACCAGGAACCCGCCAAGAAUAUAAAGUGGCAAUUUGUGUUUA